AACUCCCACCGGUUCAAUGCUUAAAUCCCUAAUAGGCAGCAUCUGGUGACGUCGAACUCAGAGCUCGUGUGAGACUCUGUUUCGGCAUUCCUCCUACCCAGCCGCCGAAUUCGCGACCUCCGUCGACCGUAGCGGAGCGCGCGAAGCACAUCUGAAAGUGCUCAAAUUGGUGAAUUGAUCAGUAAGGCUGAUUGUUCAAUGGCUCCGCCCAUGGAUGAUAAGCUGGAAAAUCCAAAUAAAGUAGAUAAGAUUGAUGAUCAAGAUCUGGAACGGAAGAUCAAGAAGGAGCAAAAGGCUAAACUGAAAGAAGAAAAAAAACUCAAGGCUGCACAAAAGGCAGAGGCUGCAAAACUCCAGGCACAAAAGCCAACUGAUGAUCCUAAGAAGAGUGAUCGAAGGCAGAGAAGAAGGGAUGUUGAUGAAGAGAGGACGGAGGACUUUAUUGACCCUGAUACCCCUGAUGGACAAAAAAAGCAACUUUCUCGCCAGAUGGCCAAGCAAUAUAAUCCAAGUGUUGUUGAGAAAUCAUGGUAUUCAUGGUGGGAAGCAUCAGGAUUCUUUGUAGCCGAUGCAAACUGCUCAAAACCUCCUUUUGUAAUUGUCCUCCCACCUCCAAACGUGACUGGUGCUCUUCACAUAGGUCAUGGUCUUACUGCUGCUAUACAGGAUACAAUUAUUCGUUGGCGGAGAAUGUCUGGCUAUAAUGUCCUAUGGGUGCCAGGAAUGGACCAUGCUGGUAUAGCAACCCAGGUUGUUGUGGAGAAGAAGCUCAUGCGUGAAAGCAAGUUAACCAGGCAUGAUAUUGGGCGUGAAAAAUUUGUGUCUGAGGUUUGGAAAUGGAAAAAUGACUAUGGUGGUCAAAUACUAAACCAAGAACGUAGGUUAGGAGCUUCGCUUGACUGGUCUCGUGAGUGUUUUACCAUGGAUGAUGCUAGAUCCAAGGCGGUUACUGAAGCAUUUGUCAGGCUUUAUAAAAAAGGUUUACUUUACAGGGAUCAUCGUCUUGUCAAUUGGGACUGCACGUUACGAACUGCAAUAUCUGAUAUUGAGGUUGAUCAUGAGGAAAUUACAGAAGAGACCUAUCGAAAGGUCCCUGGUUAUGAGCAUGAAGUUCAGUUUGGUGUCUUGACUUCCUUUGCUUAUGCACUUGAGGGAGGCAUGGGUGAGAUUGUAGUAGCUACCACAAGAGUGGAAACAAUGCUUGGUGAUACUGCAAUUGCUGUUCAUUCUAAGGAUAAACGGUAUGCUCAUCUACAUGGAAAGUGUGCCGUGCAUCCUUUCAAUGAGCGGAAGCUACCAAUAAUAUGUGAUGAUAUCCUGGUUGAUCCUGAAUUUGGAACUGGGGCUGUCAAGAUCACUCCUGCACAUGAUCCAAAUGACUUUGAAGUUGGAAAACGUCAUAAUCUUGCUUUCAUUAAUAUUUUUACUGAUGAAGGGAAGAUUAAUAGCAAUGGUGGUGCCGACUUUGAAGGGCUGCCUAGAUUUGCAGCCCGUGUAGCUGUUGUAGAAGCAUUGAAGGCGAAGGGUUUAUACCGAGGAGCUCAGAAAAAUGAAAUGAAACUUGGCAUUUGUUCUAGAAGUAAUGAUGUGGUGGAACCCAUGAUAAAACCUCAGUGGUUUGUUGAUUGCAAAAGCAUGGCAAAACUAGCUCUUGAUGCUGUCAUGAGUGACGAUAAGAAGAUUGAGAUUAUUCCACAUCAGUAUGAACAAGAAUGGAAAAGAUGGCUUGAGAAUAUACGUGACUGGUGCAUUUCGAGGCAACUUUGGUGGGGACAUCGCAUCCCUGCCUGGUAUGUGACAAUUGAAGAUGAUCAACUUAAAGAUGUGGGUUCUUACAAUGAUCAUUGGGUGGUUGGAAGAAAUGAGCAGGAGGCAAUCAUUGAGGCAAAAAAGAUUUUCUCAGGGAAGAAAUUUGAGAUUGCACAAGAUCCAGACGUGCUGGAUACAUGGUUUUCAUCUGGUCUUUUUCCAUUGUCUGUUCUUGGCUGGCCAGACGUUACACCUGAUUUUAAGGCAUUUUAUCCUACUACUGUGCUUGAAACUGGACAUGAUAUCCUUUUCUUCUGGGUUGCACGGAUGGUUAUGCUGGGGAUGCAACUUGGUGGUGAUGUGCCCUUCAGAAAGGUAUAUUUGCACCCUAUGAUAAGAGAUGCACAUGGCCAGAAAAUGUCAAAGUCGAAAGGCAAUGUUAUUGAUCCGCUAGAGGUAACAAAUGGAGUUUCACUGGAAGGCUUGCACAAAAGGUUGGAAGCUAGUAAUUUGGAUCGAAGUGAACUGGAAAAGGCAAAGUUGGACCAGGCUAAAGAUUUUCCCAAUGGUAUUCCUGAAUGUGGUGCUGAUGCUCUUCGCUUUGCUCUUGUUUCUUAUACAGCUCAGUCGGACAAGAUAAAUCUGGAUGUCUUGAGAGUUAUUGGCUAUCGACAAUGGUGUAAUAAGUUGUGGAAUGCUAUACGUUUUGCCAUGAUGAAACUUGGAGAUGAUUAUGCUCCACCAGAGAAGCUUGAUGUGAAAUUCAUGCCACCUGUUUGUCAGUGGAUACUUUCUGUCCUAAACAAAGCUAUAGCCAAAACUAUAUCAUCCUUUGAAUUGUACAAAUUCUCAGAUGCAACUACAGCAGUAUAUGCAUGGUGGCAAUUUCAGCUCUGUGAUGUAUUCAUUGAAGCUAUCAAACCCUACUUCAUCGAUUCAAAGUUUGAGUCUGCUAGAGCAGAUGCUAGGCAUACAUUGUGGAUCUGUCUAGAUACUGGCUUACGUUUGCUACAUCCCUUGAUGCCAUUUGUUACUGAAGAAUUAUGGCAGCGUCUUCCUCAAAUAGAAGGAAGCUGCAGGGAGGAAUCUAUUAUGAUUUCAGAUUACCCUUCAGUUAUAGAAGCUUGGUCAAAUGAGAAAAUCGAGAAUGAUAUGGAGAUCGUCAAUGCUACCGUGAGGAAGCUUCGAUCCUUGCGUCCACAAAGUGACAGAAGUGAAAGAUAUCCGGCUUUUGCUAUUUGUCGGCAACAUGAUAUUGCCAACACCAUGAGGACCUAUGAGUUUGAGAUACUAACACUUGCCGCAGUCUCUUCUUUGAAGGUCCUAACUGAGAAUGACAUGGCUCCAGCUGGAUGUGCAGUUGAUGUUGUCAAUGAAUCUCUGUCUGUAUAUCUCCAACUCCAAGGAACACUUGAUGCAGAAGCUGAACGUGAAAAGCUGAGAAAAAGAAGAGAAGAGAUACAGAAGAAGCAUGAUCUUUUGGCACAGGAAGUGAAUAACGCAGGUUACAAAGAAAAAGCCCCUCUGAGCAUCCAAGAAGAACAGAUGAGGAAACUAAAUGCUUAUUUGGAAGAACUUAAGAUUAUUGAUGAAGCGGAACAGGAUUUGGAGACGAGAAUAUGCGAGCAAAAAUAACUAUUUUGAGUUUCUUAGUACCAUGUCCUGAUUGCUUUUGAUACUCCUGUAAGUCUGAUUUUGUAACUGAUUUAGAUUAUUGAUCAUUUAUCCCAUCUUCUAUCAAA